AGGAUCGUCAUCGCCUUAGCAGCCCCACCGCAUAGCUUCAUCAGAACAAUACCAUUUGACACUGUUGACUAAUCCCAAUUUCAUCGCAUCCCUCUUUAUUUUACCAUGUCCGGGAGCAAGAUCAUUGUUGAUUCGGCGCUUCGCGCCGCUGUCAACCUUCGUUCUUCGAAAAUCCCCACAGAAUUGGCCAAGUCGAGUGCAGCGUUGUUCUCGGCUUACGGCGGAGCAAAGAAGCAUGAGCUGCCAACUCUUACUUACGACUACGCCUCCCUCGAACCUGCCAUUUCGGCAGAAACCAUGGAGUUGCAUCAUAGUAAACACCACAACACCUACGUUACGAACUUAAACGUUACCUUAGAAAAAAUGGACAGUGCUUUGACUUCCAGUGACAUUUCUGCUCUUAUUGGACUACAGGGAGCAUUAAAGUUCAACGGGGGCGGCCACUUGAACCACACUCUUUUCUGGGAUCUUGAGUCGGCAAUCAAGGAAAGCUUUGGCGAUUUUGAAAAGUUGAAGACCGAAAUGAGUGCCAAGACUGUUGCGGUCCAGGGAAGCGGAUGGGGCUGGCUUGGUUACAACAAAUCAACUGGACGCCUCGAAAUUGCGACUUGUGCGAACCAGGAUCCUUUGGAGGCCACGACCGGCCUCGCCCCUUUAUUGGGGAUCGACGUAUGGGAGCAUGCCUACUAUGUCGAUUACCGUAACGUGCGCCCAGAUUACGUGAAAAAUAUCUGGGACAUCAUCAACUGGGAUACCGUUGCCCAGCGUCUCUCCGCAACCAAGUAAAGCAAUUUCUCUGGGUCAAAUGUAGCUCACAGUAACUGUAAGAUACAACAGC